AUGACUCUUAAAUACGACCCUGAGUUUCAGGCCGUCCACGAUGCAUUUGCGAAAAUGUUCAAGCUUGAGCCUCUAUCUUUAGAUGAUAUCGAGGGCUCUACCAGAAGACGCGAAGCGUCCAUGGAAGCCUUUAUUCCGAAACCGGUAGCUCAUCCCGGUGUGGAGCAGAUCACCCACCCAAUCGAUACUUCCGAUGGCCAUACUAUUACAGUCGUCAGCUUUAGAAAAAGAGACUCCCGAUCGAGCCCUGGACCAGCUCUUCUUCACUUUCACGGAGGAGGCAUGAUAAUGGGCUCAGCCGAAUCGGGAGCAAAGAUAUUAUCAGAACUAGUUGUGGAAACUUCUAUCCCUGUCUUCAGUGUCAAUUAUCGGCUUGCUCCUAAAGUCAAGGGCCCCAUCCCUGCUCAACAUGGCUAUGCUGCUUUGCUCUGGCUACAGAAUAGAGCAGGUGAUUUCAACGUGGACCCGGCAAGAAUCGCUCUACUUGGCUAUAGUGGAGGUGGAGGUGUUGCUGCAGGCGUGGGUUUAAUCGCCCGUGACCAAGAUCUACAGCCUCCUCUAGCCAAGCAGAUUCUAAUCUACCCCAUGCUCGACGACCGCAAUCUGGUAGAGAAUGAGGGCUUGAAGCCCUUCGCUACUUGGUCGGCAGCAGAGAAUCGGGUAGGGUGGACAGGACUUCUUGGAGACCACGCAGGGAAACCAGAUGCCGCUGUUUCGCAAUACGCGGCCCCUGCUCGUGCAACAAAUACAGCCAAUUUACCACCGACUUAUCUUGAUACCGGGGAUCUUGACAUAUUCCGCGAUGAGGUCGUCACAUAUGCUGCGAGACUGCUCGCGCAGAACGUUCCUGUUGAGCUACAUGUUUAUCCUGGCGUGCCUCAUGCGUUUGAGUUGAUCGCGCCUAAUAUCGAAGUCUCGAAAAGGGCUUUGGAGAACAGGCGGAGAGCCAUGACAGACUUUUAA